GUUAUAUAAGAAAUAUGAACGAUUUUGUGCAUCCUAGGAAAGGAUUUGGGGGAAAUACUAGACUAGAUCCUUUGGUUGGAAAAUCCCCAUCUCUAUCUGGGGUUCAUCCAAAACCCUCUAAACCUAAAACCCUAAUGACUCAGUCUUUGAUCAAAGGAAAUAAUGUACAAAAUAGUAUCCACAAAAAGAACGAGAAGCAACCAAAAACUAAAAUUCCUGUUGUUCCUGCAGAUGAAAGAAUCGUAAUAAAAGUUACUGACGAGAGGAAUAAUAUCAAUAAGAAUUUUGAAUGAAGAAAAGGUUUGCUUCUAAGAGAAAUGAAAUAUUUUGAAAAACACCUUAAAAGCACAGACUCUGCAGAAGACAUUGACAUUAGUGUGCACUGAGAUGUGGCCAUAUUCGAAUGGUUGAUGAACUACAUAAACGAUAGAGAGCCUAAGCUCUCUACUCAAAAUGUGAUCCCUAUCCUUAUCUCUGCAGAAUUUCUAGUUAUCAGAAGGCUGAUAGAUAAAUGCAUUGAGUUCAUUAUUGAAAACAUCACAGCCAUCGCUGCUGGAAGAGUUGAUCUAAAUUGUCUCAGUCAGAACUUAUAAUUAAGAAAAUAGCGGAUGCAAUUACUCUUGAGCAAUUGAAUUUAUGUAAAGACCCUAGAGAUAGUAUUCAGUCCAAGCUUUAUUACCAUAAAUUAGGCGAUCUCUUGAAAAUAGAUUCGAAUGAAAUUUUCAGAUGUAUUCAUUGAAAUAUUCUAUACACUGAGGAGCAGACCAAAUGGAUGACAUGUCCAAAAGCAGGAAUAUUCAUUGAUUUCAGAGGAAGGGUUAUCUCUAACCACUUCCCUGACUCUAACUGGAAGAUAGAGGAAUUUUUCAAUUUCCUCAAGAAAAAUAAUGUCUCCUGGAGACGAAUAUUUUGGAAAAUCUGGGGGAGAAUCCAUACUGAUGAAUGUACAAACUGUGGCCAGAAGUUUGUAUAUGCAGACAGAGACCAUUGAAGUUAUCACUCUGAAAAGCCAACCUUCGCCUAUGGUUCUAAUAAUGGAGUAUAUCCAUGUUGAAAUGCUGAAGCGGUCAGAUUUACAACUGGAGUUGACGCAGGAGGGUGUGAAAACCGCCCUCAUUCUUUUAAAAAUAUGAAAGAAGAUUCUUUACAGUAUAAAUUUUUGCUAAAGCAUUAUGAGCUAUUAAAGGAGACAGCAACUCCUCAAUCUCUUUGUGAAAGUAUUGAACCUGAAAAGACUCCAAAAUCAGCAUAUACACGAGAAGAACUAGAAACAGAAGAAUCUAAAACUUCAACAGUUGUUAGGCAUAAAUUAAUGUCCUUAUUGACUCUUGUAAAAGAGUUUACAAAUAAAAAAUUGAAAAAUAACGCUAAAAACUGCUCUGAUUGUAUGAAAAUUGGAUCAUGUUGCAGUAAAUGAUACAAUCUUGAUGACGAGGAUGAUGACUCUCCAGAUUUCAAUUUUGUACUCCCUAAAAAGCUAAAGCCACAUUCUCACAGUUCAAACUUCAAAAACAAAGAAAACGGAAUUCCUUCCAAGAAAGGCUCUAACGCAACCACCGCUGGAAAAUACAAACUCUGGAAGAUGGAUUACUACAGACAAAAGGACAGAGACGCUAUGUCUGACAUCAGCAAACAGCUCAAAAGGCACCGCAAGAAGCACAAAUCCUCUCACAUGAAACUUCUCAUAAAAUCCUCCUCUAAAGGCCCUCCAAAGCCUUCUUCAAAGCCUAGUACAAAACCUUCCUCAAAAUCAGGCCCGAAGGCGCAGCCCAAGGGCGGCCCAAAGUACGGCUCUAAGCCUGCAAGCGGCCACUCUAAGGCUAAAUAUAGGAGGUAAGGGCCUAAGUGACUGUGGAAGAUAUAAUUAGUUCUUUAAUAAUUUA